GUACAUCUUAAGUAAAAUUAAAAAAUUUUUAUUUGGUAAGACUCAUACUUUCAAAUUUAAAUUUACCGCUCAACGCAUCUGCCAGCUAACCUCAAACUCAGUGAAUUGCCUUUAAAUUGUAAUCAUGUUGCGUGCAGUUCUGAUCGAUUUAAGUGGCACCCUCCACAUUGAAAAUCAAGCUAUUCCAGGGGCUGUUGAAGCCUUAAAAAAGUUACUUGCGACCAAUCUCACCAUCAAGUUUGUCACAAAUACCACAAAAGAAAGCCAAAACUUUCUAUACAACCGGCUUACAAAUUUGGGCUUUCCCAUAAAAAAAGAACAAAUUUUCAGUUCUUUAGCUGCAGCGAAGACGCUUAUUACCAAUCGACAACUAAAGCCUUUACUCCUUCUCUCCCCCGAAGCACUGGAGGAUUUUGAAGGACUUGGAUGUCCUGUGGAAAAUAACCCAAAUGCUGUGGUUAUUGGUUUAGCACCAAAUGAGUUCCAUUAUGAAAGAUUAAAUGAUGCAUUUAGGUGCUUGCUAAACGGUGCUGAACUAAUUGCUAUUCAUUGUGGGAAGUAUUAUAAACGGAAAGACGGUUUAGCGUUAGGUCCUGGGUGUUUUGUCAAAGGGUUGGAAUACUCAGCACAAUGCACUGCUACGGUUGUUGGAAAACCGCAAAAAAUGUUCUUCCAUUCGGCCUUGGGUGAUAUAAAUCCAGCCCAAGCUGUUAUGAUUGGUGAUGACGUAACUGAUGAUGUAGAAGGGGCAAUGAAGGCUGGUAUCAGGGGAUUUUUGGUGCAAACAGGAAAGUAUCAACCAGGUGACGAGAAGAAAAUUUCCACGCCACCAGAUGCCGUCGUGCCUAGUUUUGUUGAAGCAGUAGAAAAAAUAUUACAGGAAAUUAAUAAAUGAAUACCUCGGUAUGUUAAGAUAAUAUUUAUUAAAAUUGUUAUAGAAAAACGUACAAAAUAGACUUUCUGACAAAGUGUAACAAAAUAAAUUAUUUGCUCUUGA